UCCUUAGAGCCCAUGACAUCCUUCCUCAACAAGGGCCUUCAGCAUCUGCUCCACCUGUACAACGAUGCCUGCGGUACUGUUGCACUCCACGAAGCCAGGAUCAAACAGCUCGAAAGCACAGUUGCUGACCAAGGCGCCAUCGCUGAAGCAAAGUCCCGGCAUUACGAGAGCUUAAUGAAGAAAGUUACCCAAGAGGCUGAGCUCAAACUUGCCACCGCAGAAAUGGAUCACGAGCAGGCCAUGGUUUCUUUCCGGGAAGGGAUUAAGGCCUCCGCCAUCGUCUCCUUGCUACAAGCCCGCAUUAAGAUGGCCUAUGAGGCCAAGGAGACAGGCCUCGUGUGCCCAGCUUGGCCGGUGGACUCUUGGGUGGCCAAACUGAAGGAGCUUGGAGGGAAAGCUGUGCCACUCCCUGUAGAAGUCGGUGAGUCUUCCAAAUCAGCUGAGGUGGUGGAUCAGGUUGGAGACAAGAAGGAUGCUGGAGCGGAUGCUGGUGAGGAUGCUGGGCAGGAUGCUGGUAAACCAGAGAAGGUUGGAGAGGAUGCCGCUGUGUGA